AUGUUCGUGAAAGUGCUCGCAUUAUGCUUGGUUUUGGGAAUAUGCCUUGCUCAUCCCAUCGAAGAUGUUAAGCUUCCCGUGCCAAUAGAUGUUCCUCCACCAAAUGCGCAAGGUGUACCAGUUAAACCGCUGAAUGCUGACAGUUCGGAUUUGAAGACCGAUCCUAGCACAUGGUGGCACUCUUCGUGGUAUCACACUUCUCCGGUAUACUACUACUAUCAUGCACCACGCCCCGCCUAUACCUACUGGCACCAUUACUAUUAA